AUGGACACCUCGUCCGGCGCUUCAAUUGCCCCUUCCAUUACCGCCAUGGAAUCCCUUUCCAUCAAUAGCUCUCUCAGCAAGAUUGACAUCAAUGACACUGAGACCGUCGGACAAUGGGCUCAUCGUGAGGCGUUCGACUAUCCGUCUCUCACAGCCACUCGUGAUGCUGAGCUUCCCCGCUCGCAGCCUUACGGUGACUGGCUCGCCUCCGCAGAACGAUAUGAGUGGAAGGACGACUAUGGCGACGUUGCUCCUCGCAACGAGGCGCUUGAGAGGAUGCUUUUCGGUCUCGACGAUGAUGAGCCUUGCGGAGCUGGUAUCGACUUUUCGAGGUUGUUCAUUCUCAAGGUUCAAAUCGAUGGAACCACCAAGCCAAACCCCAUCUUGGAGUUCGCUGAAGCGGGUCUGCACCCCGUCAUGCUUGAGAACAUCGCGCUCUCCAAGUAUACGAGGCCGACCCCCAUCCAGCGCUACUGCAUUCCUGCCAUCCUCUCCGGAUACGAUCUGUUGUCAUGUGCGCAGACUGGAUCCGGCAAGACUGCGGCUUUCUUGAUCCCUAUCUUGUCCAAGUUGAUGGGCAAGGCCAAGAAAUUCGCCGCUCCCCGUCCCAAGCGCGGUGAGAAUGUGAGCUACAUUGCUGAGCCUCUCGUUCUGGUGAUUUCCCCGACCAGAGAGCUGGCUACUCAGAUCUUCGAUGAAUGUCGUCGCUUCUGCUACCGCUCCAUGCUGCGUCCAUGCGUCAUCUACGGUGGUGCCGAUAGCAUGACUCAGCGCAUCGAGCUCGGGAAGGGCUGUGACGUUCUGGUUGGGACUCCUGGCCGCACCAUCGACUUCCUUGAGAAGGGUUCCGUCCUUUCCCUCAAGCGCCUCAAGUACAUCGUGGUCGAUGAGGCCGACGAGAUGCUUGACAUGGGUUUCGAACCUCAGAUCCGCAAGCUCCUCCAGGCGAGCGACUGCAACCAGGAUGAUGACAAGCAGGUCAUGAUGUUCUCCGCCACUUUCCAGAAGCCCAUCCGCCAGCUGGCUGCCCAGUUCUUGUCGGAUGACUACAUCCAGAUCAAGGUUGGUCGUAUCGGCUCCACCCCCGACAACAUCACCCAGCACGUCAUCUGGGUCGACGAGGACAAGAAGAAGCAGGCUCUCUUCGAUCUCCUGUGCACUGCUCCUCCGGCUCGUACGAUGAUCUUCGUCAACCACAAGCGCACCGCCGACUCGAUCGACGACUACUUGUACAACCAUAAGUUGCCAUGCACUUCGAUCCACGGUGACAGGACUCAGCGUGAACGCGAGGAUGCCCUGAUCGCUUUUCGUUCGGGCAAGUGUCCGAUCCUGAUCGCGACCGGCAUUGCGGCUCGCGGCCUCGAUAUCAAGAAUGUGAUGCAUAUCGUGAACUACGAUAUGGUUGCCAACAUCGACGAGUACAUCCACCGUAUUGGACGCACCGCUCGUAUUGGAAACCAUGGUCUCGCCACCAGCUUCUAUAACGACAGGAACUCGAGUAUUGCUCCGGACCUGGUCAAGAUUUUGAUGGAGAACAAUCAGGACGUCCCCGAUUUCCUCGAGGAAUACAAGCCGACCGGCGAGUUGAAUUUCGACGAAAAUGAUGACUCCGAAGAGUUGCCUUUCACGGCUGGAGCUGCCGCUGAUGGUGGCGCUUGGGGCACGGAGGGCGCUGGUCAGGAUCAGGAUCUGAGCUGGUAAAUUUACG